AUGCGCAUCCCCUUCAGAAUAUCCGUCGUCCUCUGGGCAAUUAUCCUUGUAACGCUGGUUGGAUAUGCCAUUUCAAGACUGCUAUUUUUCAGGUCCAUCUUCUUCGAGCAUGCCGGAAUCCGACUCACGCAACCCGAAGUAGCAACCGCGGCGGUCGAAGCAGCCGGUCCUGAAGCCUCCUCUCGCAUCCAACACAUCCCAAAAAUCAUCCACAAUGUCUUCCACAACUGGCGCGUGCCUGGGAACGACACCCUGCCGUCGGACUGGGCCGAGAUGCGCCAGACCUGUAUCGAUGUAAAUCCAGACUUUGAGUUCAAGCUGUGGACCGAGAAAGCGUCACGAGACUUUAUCGAGACAGAAUAUCCCUGGUUCUUGCGUACAUACGAUGGCUACCGAUACCCAGUUCAGCGCGUCGAUGCGGUCCGGUACUUCAUCAUGCUGCACUAUGGUGGCAUUUAUAUGGACCUCGACAAUGGCUGCAAUACCGACCUGACCCCGCUCCUCUACUACCCCGUCUGGGUCACCGACGGCGGCCGCGGCGCGCUCAGCAACAACAUCCUCGGCGCCCGACCGAACCACCCUUUCUGGCACCGCCUGACCCUGUCGCUACUCCCCUACGACUGGAAGUGGCCGCUGCCCUUCGUCACCAUCAUGUACGCGAGCGGCCAGUGGUUCCUGACGGCCAUGUGGGAGGAGUAUCACGCGCUGCUCCCCAAGCCCGUCGACGGGCAGCAGCACGAGCAUCGUUUGUACCGCAUCAUGAUGGACAUGGCCCCCGGCGCCGACGAGUGGGUGUUCUUCACGCACCAGAGGGAUGGCGGAGGAACGUGGGACAACUGGGACAAUACGCUUUUUGCGAGCAUCGGCGACCACCUGCUUCUGUUCUUUACCUUGCUGUUUGUCGCCAUCGGGCUACUCUCCUGGUUCGGUCUGCGGUUCUAUCGCAAGUACCGCAGGGGCGGAUACAGUCGGUUGAAGAGCCGUCCUGGUAACGUCGUCUGA